AUGGCUUUGUCUAUAUUAGAAAUUUAUGCCGGAUUUAUCAUAAUACUAUUAGUAGUAAUUUUAGGAUACCUUUUUUUUUAAGCUUACAAAAAGAAUUCAGUAUGUUCCUUAAAAUAAUUGAUGUUAAUAGGAUUAGCAGGUGUUGGCAAAACACUUACAUAUAAUUACUUAUAAUGCAAAAAUAUUGGAUAAUUUGAAACCUUUUAAAUAGGAACUUCAGGGGAACUCUGCCUAGUUGAUUCUCCUGAUAUGGAUCUAGAGUCCAAAUAUGAAAAAAGAGAAACCAGAAUCAAACAAUUUUAAUAGUUUUUUAAUAAAUUUAAAAAUACUAUAAAUGGGUUGAUCAUAGUUGUGAACUUUGAAAGAACAGACUUAAUGAAAUAAAAGAUUAUUAAAGUUUUAAAGUAUUUAAAAAAAUUUCAGCCUGAUCUUUAUUUAUUGAUUUCAAACUUUGACCUUAGUGAAAAUUAGUCAUAAGAUGAAUAGUAACUUAAAGAAUAAUUAAAAUUAUUUAAGUUUAAGAAAAUCUUUUUUGUUGAUAAAUAUAAAGAUAAUUCAGAUUUGAAACAGGAAUUAUUAUAAAUAUAUAUAGAACAACCUAAUUUUAGAAUUGAUUUAUAGGAUACUAUUUUUGAAGAAAUAAAUAAAAAUGAUGAAGAGAAAUGCUUACAACAAUUAAAAAAUCAAAUGAGUUCAGAUAAGUAUUGAGUUUGAAUUAUAUUUAAGUAAUCCUAACGAUAUUUUGUUGAGUAAAUGA